CGCCUGCUGUCUUCCGGCUGAGGGCAGCCGGCCCGCAGAGCAUCUCCCCGCCGAGCCCUCGUCUACCCGCGGCCAGAGCGCACAGUCCCAAAACUGUGCACCCGCCGGUGGUCCCAGCCCAGCGGGAGACGUGGACAUGAGGUUGGCAGGCCCCCUUCGCAUCGUGGUCCUAGUCGUUGCCAUGGGUCUCACCUGGAUCGUCGGCAGCACCCUCCUGGGUGGGCCUGGUGGUGGCUUUCCUCGCAUCCAGCACCUCUUCACCAGCCCAGAGAGCUCUGUGACUGCAGAACCACGGGCCAAAAAGUACAAGUGCGGCCUGCCCCAGCCAUGUCCUGCGGAGCACCUCGCCUUCCGCAUGGUCAGCGGUGCUGCCAACGUAAUUGGGCCCAAGAUCUGCCUGGAGGACAAGAUGCUCAUGAGCAGUGUGAAGGACAAUGUGGGCCGUGGACUGAACAUUGCCCUGGUAAAUGGAGUGAGUGGCGAGCUCAUCGAGGCCCGGGCCUUCGACAUGUGGGCCGGAGAUGUCAACGACCUGCUAAAGUUCAUUCGGCCACUGCACGAAGGCACCCUGGUGUUCGUGGCAUCCUAUGACGACCCAGCCACCAAGAUGAAUGAGGAGACCAGGAAGCUGUUCAGCGAGCUGGGCAGCAGGAACGCCAAGGAGCUGGCCUUCCGCGACAGCUGGGUGUUCGUGGGCGCCAAGGGUGUGCAGAACAAGAGUCCCUUCGAGCAGCCUUCCGAAGGCUGAGGUGACAGGCCUGUGCCAUCAGACUGAGCUUCUAAAGGGUCUUGGAGUGGCCAAGUUUGCACUCUGGCAAGGUCACAACCAAGAAGCCGUCCUCCCCAACAUCUCCGUGAUGCGCAAGCCUGCCUGCGUCCUCUGAAGCCCAGGGGUCCUCUGUCUUGCAGCGCUGUGCACUCUGCCUUUCAGGGUCGCACAUGUCAGUGCCUGUGUUUGCAGUAGGGAGCAGGAGAGCCCCCAGUUGCCAGCCUCACACUGGAAAGGUUCCUGGCCCCGACCAAGCCAGUGUCACCAAAUCCUGCUCCCCACGAUACACAAACACAUUUCUAGAAAACUCUGAUGAUGAAAAAAUAGCUUGACGUGUUGGGCAAGGUAGUGCAUGCCCGGCAUCGCAGCACCUGGAAGGCUAAGUAGGAGGAUUGCCGUGAGUUAGAGGCCAGCCUGGACCAUAAGACCUUGUGUCAGAAAGCCAAAACAAAACAAAAAAAGAAAAGGCAGGCAGGCUCGAGCUGCCCACCGCAGGCCUGGCUCUGGCUGCAGGUCGCAGGCUCCUGACAGCAGGAACCAUCAUCCUCCCUCCCCCUGUAAUGUUCCCUCCCUGCUGGCCCGGAGCCCACAUAGGCUGUCCCUCCCCUUGUCCCAUCC